AUGGAGCUCAUCAUCGGAUGCGUGGGCAAACCCAGUGCUGGCAAGUCGACGUUCUUUAAUGCGGUAACCGACGGCAAAGCGAAAGUCGGCAAUUUCCCGUUCACGACUAUUGAACCAAAUGAGGGCGUCACGUACUACAUGACGCCGUGUCCGUGUGCGUUGAAGCACAAGACAGCAGUGUGUGCCCCUCGCUAUGGCUCCUGCAAACAGGGCACGCGGUACAUUCCCGUCAAGCUGCUGGACGUCGCCGGUUUAAUCCCAGGAGCGUCAGAAGGUGCAGGACUUGGCAAUAAGUUUCUGGACGAUCUACGGCAUGCGCAAGUGCUGAUGCACAUUAUUGACGUCUCGGGCCACACGAACGAAAAGGGCGAAGAAACCGUGGGGUACAACCCGAUUGAUGAUGCCGAGUGGCUCGAUACGGAGAUCCAUAUGUGGGUGUUUACGAAUCUCUGGAAACGCUGGACGUCCAUUGCUAGAAGACAUCAAGCUACGAAAAACAGUCUGCAGAACACGUUCGUGGGGCAGCUAUCGGGGUACGGUGCGACCCCGUCAUUAGUUAGCAAAGUGCUCGAUCGGGUCGGCGUGAAGGAACCUCUAGAUCUGAUGACGUGGGUCGAAGACGAUGUGCAUGAGUUUGUCAAGAUCUUUUUGGACAUUCGCUUUCCCACGGUGUUGGUGCUCAACAAGGCUGACCAGGGAGACGACACAGAUCGCAACAUUGAGAAGAUUGUGGAGAAGUACGGUAGUGACCGCUGUAUUGUGGCGAGCGCAGCAGCCGAGUGUUUCUUACGCGCAGCUUGCAAGCAACGCUAUAUUCGCUACGAACCAGGAUCGAUGUUCUACUCGACGCUGGAGGAGGAGAAAGAGAAAGAGGACGACGAACAGGCCAAAGCUGGUCCUCUGAAACCGAUGGAGAGGAAAAUUCACAAGCGCUUGGAACGCAUUUCCGAUAUGGUGUUAUUCCGCUAUGGCAGUACUGGGGUCCGAUCCGCUAUUAAUGCUGCCGUCGAGCUGGCUGACGUAGUUGUUGUCUACCCGGUGAAAUCAUUGAAGAGCUUUGCUACGAACACGACACCAGGAGCCAGUAACAAGGCCGUUUUCGCUGAUGCAGUGAUCGUAAAGCGUGGCACGACCAUUAAGGAAUUGGCCGGUCGUAUCUCGCAGUUCCUGGGAGCUAACCUUGCUUAUGCUGAGGGUGACGAUGGCCGAAGACGUGGUGAAGACGAGCCCAUCACAAGUAACAGCCUCAUCAUCAAGUUUACGACAACUGUCGCGUCGUCGACCUCGGCGGUAUCCGGGACUUCUGCAGCUGAUAAGGACAGCAAAAAAGCGGGUCACAUAGGAGGCAAAGCGAGAACCCGAGCCGCUGUAGACGAUAGCUUCGAGUAG